AUGCUGCCCCGUGGACGUUACCGGGCCGCGGCCCAUGGCCGGUGUUGUGAGCGCGGCCGGGCCUCUGCGCACCACUCCCGUGCUCGCGGUCCGCGUUCUCUCUUGCAGGCCAUCGGCUGCACCCUGGACUGUAGCUGCCAGAGUUUCAAACCCGGGAAGAUAAACCACCGCCAAUGUGAGCAGUGCAGACACGGAUGGGUGGCCCACGCUCUGAGCAAGCUGAGGAUCCCCCCCGUGUAUCCCACAAGCCAGGUAGAAAUUGUCCAGUCCAAUGUGGUGUUUGAUAUUAGCAGCCUCAUGCUCUACGGGACCCAGGCCAUCCCUGUUCGCCUGAAAAUCCUAUUGGACCGGCUCUUCAGUGUGCUGAAGCAAGAUGAGGUGCUGCAGAUCCUGCACGCGUUGGACUGGACCCUCCAGGAUUACAUCCGGGGAUACGUGCUUCAGGAUGCGUCAGGAAAGGUGCUGGAUCACUGGAGCAUCAUGACCAGUGAGGAAGAGGUGGCCACCCUGCAGCAGUUCCUUCGCUUUGGGGAGACCAAGUCCAUCGUGGAGCUCAUGGCGAUCCAAGAGAAAGAGGAGCAGUCCAUCAUCCUCCCGCCGGCCGCGGCGAACGUGGACAUCAGGGCGUUCAUCGAGAGCUGCAACCACAGGAGCACCAGCCUCCCCGCCCCUGCGGACAAGGGGACCCCCAGCAGCCUGCACCCCUUUGAGAACCUCAUAAACAACAUGACUUUCAUGCUGCCCUUCCAGUUCUUCAACCCCGUGCCCCCCACGCUGAUAGGGUCGCUGCCCGAACAGUACGUGCUGGAGCCGGGGCAGGACCAGAGUCAGGAGCCCAAACAGGAGAUGCACGGACCCUUCCCCGGCGGCGGCUUCUUAACCUCCAGUCCCGCGUCAUUUCAGGCAGAAAAAGAGCCGUGUCUAAACUGCCCGGACACGGUUCCCAAAAAGGAAGACGGCGCCCCUUUGAGUGAUUCCAGCCCCUACAACAUUGUCACUAAACUUGAAAGGACACAGUUGUCCCCCGAGGCCAAAGCGAGGCCCGAGAGGCACAGCCUGGGCGCCAAGAAGGGCCGCGUGUUCUGCACGGCGUGUGAGAAGACCUUCUACGACAAAGGCACGCUCAAGAUCCACUACAACGCUGUCCACCUGAAGAUCAAGCACAAGUGCACCAUCGAAGGGUGCAACAUGGUCUUCAGCUCCCUGAGGAGCCGGAACCGCCACAGUGCCAACCCCAACCCCCGGCUGCACAUGCCCAUGAACAGAAACAACAGGGACAGAGACCUGAGGAACGGCCUGCACCUGGCCGCCUCGGGGGGCUACGAGCGCCCGGGCUUCCCGGCCCCAGACUGCAGGCCCCUGCCUGGCUACGCGGCGUCCGGGGACGACCCGGGGGGCCAGCCGGCCUUCCCGAGCGUGGGGCAAAACGGGGUGCUUUUCCCCAACCUGAAGACGGUCCAGCCGGUCCUUCCUUUCUACCGCAGUCCGGCCACCCCAGCCGAGUUGGCGAACACCCCCGGCGUGCUCCCUUCUCUCCCUCUCCUGUCCUCUUCCAUCCCAGAGCAGCUGGUUUCAAACGAAGGCCCGUUCGAUGCCCUUCCCAAGAAGAAAUCCCGCAAGUCCAGUAUGCCUAUCAAAAUAGAGAAGGAGGCCGCGGGGGUAGCCAGUGACAAGAGGCACGCUCUCAGCUCAGACGAAGACGCGCCCCUGCGGGUGGCCGGGGAUGACGAGCCCGAGGCCUGCAGCCCCCGGUCGUCGGACAGAGCUCCUGGGGCGCGGCACGCACAGUCCGGGGGCCUGGGGGCGCCCCUCCCGGAGGGGGAGAGGGUCUGCCGUCUAGACUCAGGGACGGAGUCGAGCGGAGCCAUGAGCAGGACCCCCGAGCGGGCCACACGGCCCUCAGAGAGGGCGGCUGAGCAGAAGCUGGCCCUGACCGCGGUGCCAAGGGAGCCGGAGGCUGGUGGCCGCGAGACUCGCCUCACAGCCGGGACAGAGCCCUGUGUCCCCUUCCCUGACUACAUCCACCUGCAGCAGCGCCUGCUGGCUGGCGGGCUCUUCAGCGCUCUGUCCGGCGGAGGAAUGGCUUUUCCUUGUUUCGAGGACGCCAGGGAGCAGGAACCCGUGGGUCAGCACGCGUUAGGGAGGCAGAAGGAAGACACUCGCUUCCAGUGUGACAUCUGCAAGAAGACCUUCAAAAACGCUUGCGGUGUGAAAAUGCACCACAAGAACAUGCACGCUAAAGAAACGCACGUGUGCACGGUGGAGGGCUGCAGAGCCACCUUCCCCUCACGCAGGAGCAGAGACAGACACAGUUCAAACCUAAACCUCCACCAAAAAGUGUUGACCCAGAAAGCACUCGAGAGCCCCGAAGACCAUUUCCAUGCAGCUUACCUUCUGAAGGACGUGGCGAAGGAGACCUUCCAGGACGUGGCUUUCACGCAGCAAGCCUCCCAGACAUCUGUCAUCUUCAAGGGAGCGAGUCGGAUGGGCAGCCUGGUUUACCCGAUAACCCAAGUCCACAGUGCCGGCCUGGAGAGCUACAACUCCGGUCCGCCAAGCGAGGGCACCGUCUUGGAUCUGAGCACUACCUCGAGCAUGAAGUCGGAGAGCAGCAACCAUUCCUCUUGGGACUCAGACGGGGCCAGCGAGGAGGGCACUGUGCUCAUGGAGGACAGCGAUGGGAACUGUGACGGGCCGAACCUUGUCCCUGGGGAAGAUGAGUACCCCAUCUGUGUCCUGAUGGAGAAGGCUGACCAGAGCCUCGCCAGCCUGCCUUCUGGGUUGCCCAUCACGUGUCACCUCUGCCAAAAGACGUACAGUAAUAAAGGGACCUUCAGGGCUCACUACAAAACCGUGCAUCUCCGGCAGCCCCACAAAUGCAAGAUCCCAGGCUGCAACACCACGUUCUCAUCUGUCCGCAGCCGGAACAGACACAGCCAGAAUCCCAACCUGCAUAAGAGCCUGGCCUCCUCUCCCGGUCAUCUAUAGUAACAAGAGGGUGGACCAAGUCCGUGAGGAGAAGCGUUUACCCUAAUUCAGGAGUAAUAAGGGCUCUCAUUUUGUUUAAUAACGUUUGAGGCAAGCCGGGCAAAAGGUCUUGGAGUUGACUUUCUCGUCUUGUGCGGCGGGAUGAGCAAAAGACAAGCCUUGUAGGAAGUCAACUUUAGGGGGCAGCCCUUCCUAUUUUUUUUCUUAGCCCCAGGGGUUUUUCCCUGACGUAACAAACACUGGCAGAAACACGGUUUUUUCCCACAUUUGUUUACACAUUCCCCGGGAGCGCGCCAGGUCUGCAAAUUGACCAGGGGGCCCAGGACCUCGGGGCAGCUUGAAGUGAAGGGUCAGCUGAGUGUCCCGGGGAAGCAGACGGCCACCGCGGGUGAGGAGCCAGGCCCCAAGAUCACAUUUUUUCAGUUCCUGCUUUUAAUGAGUCUGAAAUCCAGACUCGGGGUUGGGAGUAUGGCUUUUUGAGACUAUGCCUCCGUUUGGAGAGGAGAGUUGCUUUUACUUUGUGUCUUCCCCUUCGGGGGUGUCAUGGACCUUCAAGGAGCCCCCAGAGGAGGCAGGUGGGUUUCCAGCACGCAGGAACAAAGAUGUUACGGGGAUGUCUGUGCUCGCUGCGUGGCAAGCAUUCAGGAAACUUAGUGGUCUUCAAUUUAAUUUAAAAUGACUUUGGUAAUAUUUAAUUUGUGUUUGUUACGUGAGUCAUUGGGGUGAGUGCAGAUGUGCCACAAUGUGACCUCUGGGUCUCUGCUCGAGGGCAGAGCGAGGGCCGGCCUCAACUUGAGAGCGGCUGCCCGUUUCCAUUCGGUGAACCUCGGAGUCUGGUCAUUUCGGUCCCCUGUGGAAGGAGUGCAGGACCGUCUGUAAAUACUCGGCCGAAGCGUUUAGAGAAUGCGGUUCUGAUCUUCAGUAUCACUGGGUCCCUCAGCCCUCCUCCUUUUAUAAAUGCGUAAGGUUAGGAACAUUCCAGUGUACACGGUAGAAGAAAAGUAGGGCAGGACUGCCAUACCAAACAUCUUAAUAUUUAACUUAUUCUGAAAUAUAUUCCACACCAUGGUACACAUUUGCUGUUGUAAAAAGGGAAGUUUCAUCGGUCCUGUGAAAAGAGACCAUCUCUUGAAAUUUGGCAUUUACGGUACUCGGGAGGGAGAAAUUGACUUCUCGUUAAGACUUCAGGUGAACCGUCUUUUAAACUUACAGUGGAUUUAAGUAAUGAAAAACAUCCUCAAAGGGAAUUGGGGGUUGUAAGAGAGAUGAUUCCUCCGGCCCAAGGGUGAAAAAAGCCAACAACCUGUUAUGGAUUGUUUCAGCGUUUUGUUUUGUUUUGUUUUAAUAAAUGUGACGACACUUGGUCUUGGCUUAAAGUAAAGAUGUAUCUUUCCACUGUUUUGUUACCCAGCUGUUUAUUAUUCCAGUUUGCCCAAAGUGGAACGAUUUGUAUACAAAUGAGUUUUCUAUGAUUUAAUAAAAAUGUA